UAUGUCAAUAUAUAUAAAAUUUCAAAAGAAAAUACUGAAAAAUAAUGGGACUCAUAUUCAAAACCCUUUCCAUUCUCUCCCUCUCCCUAAUCCUCCUCCUCCCUCUCAACACUCAUGCAGCCACCUUUUUCAUAAAAAACAACUGCCCCUACACCGUGUGGGCAGCGUCCCUGCCCACAGGUGGCGGGCAGCAGAUAAACACUGGCGGCACCUGGUCCCUGAAUGUGGCGCCAGGCACCACCAGCGGCCGCAUAUGGGGCCGCACGGGUUGCAGCUUCGACGGCGCGGGGAACGGGCACUGUCAGACGGGCGACUGCGGCAACGUCCUAGCGUGCAGGCUCUCGGGGGCCCCGCCAACGACGCUGGCGGAGUUCUCCCUCAACCAGCCCAACAACUUGGACUUCUACGACCUCUCGGUGAUCGACGGGUUCAACGUCCCGAUGUCCCUCGCCCCGACGUCCGGCGGGUGCGCCUCCCUCCGGUGCCCCGCGGAUAAGUGCUCCGACGCCUACCUCUUCCCGGCGGACAAUUCUAAAACCCACAGCUGCCCUUCGGGGACCAACUACAACGUUGUUUUCUGCGGAUAGUCCUUCACUUCUCUAUAUGAUAAUCAUAAUAAUAAUAAUAAUAAAUUGAUAAUAAUGGCUAUUAUAUUGAUGUAAUAAGGCAAUGAAAAAAAAAAAGAUGGAAUGUAAUAAGGCAAUUAAUGUCAUUAUCGAUCGCCACAUCCACCUCAUGGACGGGUGAUAUAUAUGAUACACAUACAAAGAGUUCGACUUCUCUAUGUAUACUGCUCCCAAAUUAUUAUGUUUGAUUAAAGUUAUUUUUAUAUCAGUUUAUACGAAAAAAGUAUAUGAUAAAAAAAAUAAGAAAAAUAUAUUUAAAAACUACAUUAAAAAAUUAAUUAAACUAUAAGUGUUAUG